AGCGAGUCUAAUGUUAAUAAAUCACUGAAGCAGCAAGACUGACUAAAAAUAAGGCCAGAAUGGACGACAAUCAUAGCUGAAGUGCUUGUGACUGAUCUCCUGAAAUCUUCAGUGUGCGAGAGAGACUGAAGGAAACGUUUGGGAAUGUGGGUCAGUCUAACUCAUUGAUGUCACAUGAAACUCAACAGUCGGAUUCCUCUACAUGCAACUCACGACAAACGCCAACUGUGGAUUUUUACAGCAUUCUGCGUGUGGAUUUUUAGGCAUCUGAAAUUCCUCUGAUGAAGUGAGUGGAACUAUUAAACUAUUCUGAUUGGAUAUAUAGAGUCAUUAUGGGUUCAUCUUGUACAACUUCGAUAUUACUUGCACUGCUUUCAAUGACGGUGGUUUUAAAUGGAAGAGAAGAGCGUAAACCACAACAAAAAAGCUUUAAUGUAGACACUGAGUAUCGGACAAUGAUGUUCAACAUCCCAAACAUUGAACAUAAUAGAAAACACGAGAUCGCAUUGGAUGACACAUUUCUAGAAGAGUCUUUAAACUUAAUCAAGAGUCUUGAGUUUUAUGGUAAUGCUGAUGAUACUGGUUUGGUUGAAUCCACGCCUGAUUCAACAAAUAUUGUACACAAGGAUCCUGAGAUUGAUAUUACUGUGCAUGAUGCUGCAAAUAAAGCAGAAAGUAUAUUGAAUUCAUUGAAUAAUACCUCCUCUGAUGGUCUGGAGGACGGCUCUGGUGCAGAUCCAGUGGUUGUCACACUUCUAGGCCGAGUUCGUGGUCUGACUUUGGAAAAAGCUCAUGUGUUUUAUGGGAUCCCGUAUGCUGAUCCUCCUGUGGGAGACAAGCGCUGGGCUCCUCCUUCGCCAGUUUCACCUUGGUUGUACACCUACAAUGCAACGUUUCCCCGUCCUGCGUGUAUGCAGAUGUGUGCCGGUGAGUUCUCUCGGCUGUGUCCUCCUGAGGUCAGCGAGGACUGCCUUUACCUAAAUGUGUUUGUUCCUGUGAGUGUCAACCUGUCGCUGCCAAAAGUAACAGCACUACCAGUUAUGGUGUGGAUUCAUGGCGGUGACUUCAUCGCUGGCUCCGCCUCCAAACCUUUGUAUGAUGGCCGCUACAUCAGUAACUACAGCAACACAGUGGUUGUGAACAUGGAAUAUCGUCUCGGUGCUUUUGGCUUCUUAGUCACAGGAAAAGAUCCUGAGAGCUCUGCAGUGGGGAAUUAUGGGAUUCUAGACCAGCAGGCAGCAUUGCAUUGGGUCCAAGAAAACAUUGCGGCUUUUGGAGGAGACCCAAAUAAGGUUACUCUGUUUGGCGAGAGCGCAGGCGCCCAAUCAGUGAGUCUCCAUCUGAUGAUGCAGAGCAGCGAGACUUUGUUUAGACAUGCAGCCAUACAGAGUUUACCAUUUUCACUGCCUCUGAAAACCAGAUGGGAUGCUAUGAAACUGGGCUGGGAUUUUGCUAAGCUAACUAACUGCUCAGUAUUUGAUCUGCCCUGCAUGCGCUCUCUCAGUUCAGAAGAUGUACUCAAUGCCCAGAUCAAAUCAGGUUCCAAGAUCAUUAAUCCCUUCCGUUUCUUGGAGGUUUUUGAGACGUGGGGGCCGUUCAUUGAUGGACAGCUGCUCAAGGAACAGCCAAUCACAGCCUUCCAAAAAGGCCACUGGCAGAGUUACAAGCCUGUUAUACUAGGUACGACUUCUGAGGAGGGGGUGAUGUUUGUUUACAGAAAUUUCAACAAAUCCGUGUCAAUGCUGGAAUGUGUCCUCUACACUGCUGCCAUUUUUAAGCAGCAUGCGCUGAAAAUUCUGCACAAAUACAUUCCUUUCUAUCGAAACCAGGACAGACGAGUGAUGCUUUCACAGAUGGUGACAGAUUAUGUGUUUUCGUGUCCGGCUCGACAGUCUGCACGUUCUGGAGUUAAAGUAGGCGGAGCUGUUUGGAUGUAUGUAUUUGACCACGCCCCAUCAGAUCCCAACAUAUGGGCGGAGCUUACAUUCUGCUACAACCAUUCCUGCCAUGGGGCGGAGCUUCCUUUUCUUUUUGACUCUGCCCCCAGCACUAACUUCACAUUUACACCUCAAGAGCGCCUCCUGGCUAAUCGGAUGGCCUGUUACUGGGGGAUGUUUGCCCACACAGGGGACCCAAAUUCUAGAGAUGAACAGACACACUUCUGCAGAGAGCAGAGACUGCCUGUUUGGCCACGGUACACAGAUAUUGGGGGCUGGACCAUCCUGAACCUGACUCUACAGUCACACCCUCAACAUGGCAGCAGGGACCAUUUCUGUGACUUCUGGGACCGACUGGAUAUUUAUUAAGGGGAGGAGAUAGAGAUGGGGUAAAGAACACAAUAUCAUCUAUAACUAACAAUUUUCAUAAACUUUAGUUUAUAUUCUUUAACCUUUUGCUAUUUUUAUUUGGAAUUUCAACAUAUUUAAUCAGCAACAGGGCCAGAUUUUCAAAGCAAAUUUUUUCCUCAUUUGCAAAAAACAAGGCUGCAUUUGCUUGAUAAAACAAUAAAAACUGAAGUAAUCCGAAAUAUUUUUAAUUUAACAUGACUUUUUUUUUACUUUGUUCUAAAAUAGUAACUGUUUCUGUGAUAAACUGAAUUUUAAAAAAAGAUACUUUAGUCUUAAGUGUUCUCUUCCAGAAGUCAUUUCUAAUAUGCAGACAUGCCAAAAAAAAAAAACAUAAAUUAUUAAUUAUCAGUGUUGAAAAACUUUGCUUUGUUUAACAUUUUUCUGUAAACCAUGAUAAUUUUUUCAGGAUUAUUUGAAUAAUGUAUAUUAUAUAUAUUCUAUUUUUUAUAUAGAAAUCUCUAUAACCUUAUACAUUUCUUCAUCGUUAACAAUAAAUGCACAUUUUAGAAAACUGAAUGAAAACUAUUUUUGGUAAUACAAUAUUAACCAUCUAGAACUUUUCCCCUUUAUUAGCGAAUAUUGCAUACUACUUGUCGAAUUAAAAACAACAACAACAACAUAGGCUCAUUCUGAAGAUGCACCCCUAUAUCAUACCUGGCAACAUUUGUAUCUGAAAAUCCGGGAGACCUGGGGGUGCCCUAUAUACAUUUCUGGAGGUUGCAAAUUAUGUAGCCAUUAUGUAGCCAGAAUGCAUUUAGCAUUUAAAACGAGCGCUAUGGUGCGGUAUGACGCUGUUCCUUUUCCUACUUAUACCAGCUGACCGUUUACCUCUGUGUAAAUGGCUUUUACGCUGUUCCCAUUUUGUCCAGUGACUCGCCGCAUAUUUUGGAGGAUUGGAGACACAGAGCGGAGCAGACCCUGACGACGGGGUUUGAGUCCGGUGAAGAACAAUUUCAGAAAGUAGGUGAGGUGAAAACAAAAGCCAAAAAAUAAAACAAACAAGUAAAUAACAGGGUGAGAAUGUGGUAAAAUCUGAAAACAUGGUCAAAAUCAGGCUGCUGCGAGGGUUUUUCCUUUUCUGGAUUGCUUUUGAAAAUACUGUCGGUUGGGUUUAGGGAAGGG